CUCGUGAUGAUAAACACGUUCCAUAUUAAGGUUAUUGAUCAAUCCAGAUGUGUGUGUCUGGGGGGGAAUGAUGCGCGCUCGUGUAUACAUCCGGGUUCAAACUGGAAAACACUGGAGAAAUGCAGUGCAAUUAAUAAGGCAUGCGUUUUAAGUACUGAAAAUUCGCCAUACCCUUUGUUUUUUGUUUAGAAGAAGAAGAAGAAGCGUGCAUUCUUCUUGUUUAGAGAUGAAGCAAUGCUGCGAAAUUGAUUCACCUGUAAGCGUUUGUGCUGUGUGUUAAUAUGAGUGGACCAAACAGGCAAAAACAGAUUGAAGAUACGGAUUUAACACUACAUGCUUUCUCUCUGGCAUGUGUACUGCACACUCCGCUGGCUGAGCUGUUGCUUCUCGGAUGAAUGAAGGCGCGUCACUGCGUUGCUCCCUCAACAUGGCCGUCACCGCACAGCAGCAGCAGCUGUGUGUCAGCACCUUGGACAUGGACGCCUGAUCAGUGACACUUUCACUCUCGAGGAUGUGCAGAACGAGGCCUGGUUGCUUGGGGUUCUGUUUUGCUGUGGACAUGAUCACCGACAACCGAUAAAAUCAUAGCCAGUGUGAUUCGGCCUCAGCCAGUGUGCAAGCCUCGGGCUGGAUUUGAGAACCGGUGCUUAAAGAGCUUGUACAGGAUGUACAAUGUUCUGUUGCGUGCCAGAAGAAGAGGAGGCUGAGCACUCUGACUAGUGUGGAUGAGAGCACAGUGCCGUGAUGCUGUGCUGUGGCCGAGCUCUGGACUCCCCCUGUACUCUAGCUCUGCUGGUGGGCUUUCAGUUUGCAUUUGUGCUCUAUUUCUCCUUGGGAGGCUUCCGUGGCCUCGUCUCUGUUCUGGUGCACUCCUCAGAACCUGAGUUUGACUACUCUCGGCCACAUGACGUCUACACUAACCUCAGCCAGCUCAGUGCCCUGCUGCUCCCUCACCCCAGCAGAGCCGAACAGCAGCUCAGGGGCUGCUUGCUGCCAUCACCACUGCUUGUGGGUCCUGUGUCUGUGCGCCUGUCCUCCCCCCUUUCCCUGGAGGAGAUAAAAGAGAAGAACCCUCUGGUGACCCCAGGAGGCCAUUACCGUCCUCCGGACUGUGAACCGAGACACCACACAGCUAUCGUGAUACCCUACCGGAACCGGCAGAGCCACCUGCGUACACUCCUCUACCAUCUGCACCCCUUCCUGCAGAGACAGCAGAUACACUAUGGAAUCUACAUCGUACACCAGUUCGGAAACUCGACAUUUAACCGUGCAAAACUACUGAAUGUGGGAGUGCGGGAAGCUCUGAAGGAGGAGGACUGGGGUUGUAUCUUCCUCCAUGAUGUGGACCUGCUUCCAGAAAAUGACCACAAUACCUACACGUGCCACCCACAGUACCCCACUCAUCUCUCUGUGGCUAUGGACAAGUUCAGAUACAGGCUUCCAUAUCCUCAGUACUUUGGUGGAGUGUCUGCUGUCACUCCAGACCAGUACCUGAAGAUGAAUGGCUUCCCAAAUCAGUACUGGGGCUGGGGAGGAGAGGAUGAUGACAUUGCUGCUCGAAUUCGUCUAUCUGGGAUGAAGAUAGUGCGCCCUCCUGUGGUCAUGGGUCAUUAUAAGAUGAUUAAGCAUAAAGGGGACAAGGGUAAUGAGCAGAACCCCAGAAGAUUUGACUUACUGAAGCACACAUGGUUAAACUGGAGAUCAGAUGGAGUCAACUCACUCACUUAUGAGCUCUUGUCCAAAGAGUUAGAGCCACUGUACACCAACCUGAGUGUCAACAUUGGGGAGGACCCUCACCCUCCUCCCAAAAAGUCUGCACUCGCUAAAAAUGCUUCUCGACCUGCAGCAAAACCCAAAGAUAGAGACAAAGACAAGGAGACACUAGGAAGGCAGUCCACCCAAACUACCAAAUUAGAAGAGGGUUACGUAAAAGUAACCAAUAGGAGUUCAGACAUUGGUCAGAAAGCUGCCUUGAAACAGGAAAUUGUUUGAUGACGUAGACAUAGUCCAUGAAGCACUGGCAUUACAUGUGGAUUUGUACUGUGCCAGUGCUUCGUUUCCUCUUUAAUAUCAUCGCGUUUUGCACUGAGGUGAGCAUUCGGGUAAGUUGAAUUAUUGCACUGAAUGUCUACACUGGCAUGGUGUCAUUUGCACAGACUUCUGCUGUACCAUUUCCUGACGAUCUCCUUGCCACGGAAUUCAUCUGAGCAUGAACUGAGCUAAAUAUUAAUGAAAAUGAUGUGCUCAUGUGUAAUACUGCUGUAGAGACACUUGCACCAGUGCUAGUCCUGUGUGCUAAUCCAGCCAGCCUGCGGUUAACUGCUAAUCUUCACACCAAUGUGUGUGUUCUGUCUCUUUGUGCCUUUUCUCGCUCUAGAACCAGUUUCUGUCAGCAUCUUUUUACAUAUGUUCUUUAUCUCGAAGACAAGCAUAUUAGUGCACGUUUGUGUAUUGGAGUAAUAGGCUACUAAAUGCUCUGAAUUGCUGCUGUUCUUACUUUUCAUCACCAUGCAGCUUUGUGAUCUUGUGCUUGAGCAGACUUAUCACUGUGUACUAUUUUUGGUCUUGCUGUGGAAAUGUGCAGCUCCUCGUGUUUGAACAGAUUUGUGUUUUUACUUUAGAAGUGCAUAAUCUAAAAGUACUUUUCUUAGCUGGCCAAAUAACUCUUUAUUUUCAAGUAUAAUUAACAGUUAUUCCAGGAAAUCGAGUUGUACAUGAGCUGAUAGCUGACGAGGCGCAUAGCGCCAAGUAGGCUAUAAGCCAUGUACGACGAGAUUGAAUGGAAUAACUGUUUUAUUCUAUCCACAUUCACUGGAUUUUGAGAAAGAGCAUUUUUAUUUUUUGCAAAUUCGAUAAAUGAAAACUUUAUACAAGACAUCCGACAAAAUCAUUUCCGUUUAGAAUGUAAACAAACCGGCGACAUGACAGUAGCAAUUUGUGAAAAAUGCUAUAAUGAUUCUUGAAAAAUAAAGAUACGUUCUUACCAUCAAAUACUUUUACUCUGUAUUUUAUUGCUUUUUUUGUAGUUUUUGGGGUUUUGUUUUCAAGUAGAGUUUUUAUUUUGUCCUCGGUUGGUUCAGCAACACGCUCUGCCAUUUUGUUUUUCUCUACUCAUGGUAUAUGGUCUGAUAGCCUUGUAGUAGAGUAGCCAAUCCGGGCGUGCGAUUGCUCAUAUCCAGUGAAUGUGGAUAGAAUAAUAAGGAAUAUCCAUUACUGCCAUUAUUGACUCUUUUGGUUAGACAAUCAUAAGGAUAAGCUAAAUAGCUGACAAAUCAAUCAGUUAACAAAUUUCUGUCUAAAAGUUCAUUUUUUAUCAUUAUAACAUAUAAUAGCGAGUGAGAUUUAUUCAAGAUAUUUUAUAGUAGAUUUGUUAAAGUAUCAGCGUUAUCAUAGUUUGGUGAGCUACUUUAUUUUAUUGCAGGUCUCAUGGAAAGUGUUGCUGCAUAUAAUUGAUAUAAUUAUCACUAUCAUCUUUGUGCACAUUCUAUAUUUAUUCUAUAAAAUGCCCCAGCAGACAUUUGCCAUAUGCAAAAAUAUAUAUAUUUCUAAUUAAAAAAUGAACCAAGUAUCUAUACAUACUGAUACACAAAUAUUAAUCAAGCUAAUCUAUUUCUGAACCUUAACACUGCUGUGAAAUGGUUGGUGUUUUAAAUGCAUUGUCUCCUCACAGAGGGCAUAUAGCACUUUUUCUGGGUUUUUUUCUUGUAUCCGGCAAUAUCAGAAAGUGAUUAUUUGAAUGUACUUCAUUUCAACUAUGUUUGUAAUGCUGUCUCUCUUUCCCAUUUGAAACUGCCAGUUGUUACGUUUUAUGUUUGGCAGGACUUGUAAGGCAGUAAUGUAACAGAGACCUGCAUAUAGAUCCUAACUAUGAGUUAAUAAACCUAAUUUUUAUGACUCGUUUAUUAGAGUAAAGGUAAUUAGGUACUUUAUUAGGUAAGAGUUAAUUAGAUCUACCAUUGAUAAACCUAAAAUUGAUUUAUUAA